AUGAAUAAUAAUGAAAUUGGUAGAUUGCUUCAACAACAACAACAGCAGCAAUUUAAUCAAUUAAAUCCACAACAGAGGCAGCAGGCGAUGAUUGCAACUCAAAUGAGUAGAAUGCAGCAGCAGCAGCAGCCCCAAGGACAACCUCAACAAACACAAAAUCAUCCUCAGGACCUUAACCAAUCACCUUCCCUUGAACAAGCAUUUCAAUCAAACAACCUCCACUUCCUAAUCGACGCUGCAAAAUUAAAUAAAUUAAAUAACGAUAACCUUCAAAGAUUACAGAGGCUUAUUAGAAAUUCUCAACUUGAGCAUAUUCAACGGGGCGGUGGACAGGGUGCCGGUGGUGGCCAGCAAGUUAGACAGCAACCACAGCAACAGCCACAACAACAACAACCUCAACAACCCCAGCAACACCCUCAGCAACCACCACAACAUCCGCACCUAGUCCCCUCCCAAAUAGCUGCCGCUAAGAACCUCCAACAGAAAAUAGAAACCAUCGAUUUACAAUUGAGAAAUUCAAAUUUAUCCCCACAAGACCGAGAUAACGCUAGAAAGUCUUAUGAUGAAGCUAAAAAUUUACAAGCUUUGUUUAUUCAACAGCUUAGGAGUAAUCAAUCGACUAAACAAUCAACCAAUAUGUUACACUCUCAAUCUCAGCCACAAGUUACAACCAACUACGAUAACAACUGGGCUAAUCAACACCAAUUUCCCAGUCUCUCAAAUAACUUUUCCGGCGAUCAUCACUCAAACAUCCUUGGUCUUGGUUUGGUUGGUACUUCAAAUCCUCCACAGCAGCAACAACCUCCACAACAACCUCCACAACAACCUACACCCACUCACCAACCUCCCACUCAACCCCGCCCAAACCUCUCCAUGCUCCCUCAACUUCAACCCGAAAAUUUUCUCAAAGCCCUUAUCGAUCUCAUGAAGAAGCGUGGCACUCCUAUUGAAAAACUACCUGAAGUUGAUGGUAAAGGUAUUGAUUUACACAAACUCUACAUGACUGUCAUCCAAUCUGGUGGCAGCUUGGAAGUUCAUCGUCAAUCAAAGUGGCCACUAGUUGGUGCAAUCAUCGGUUUACCAAUGUCUAAUCAAUUCUCAGACUCUAAUCCACGUAUCUCUAACAACUCCUCCCAAGCUUUAGCAAACGUUUACAGAGAAUACCUCGCUCCAUUUGAACAAGUGUGGAUGAAAGCUAUUCAUGAUCAAGUCUCACAGAGAAGAGCCGCUGUCAUGCAUCAACAACAAUCACAACAACCACAACAAUCACCUCUAACUAGACCAAUGACUGGUUUCCCUCAACCAAUUCCUCAACAAUUCCCUCAACAAUCUCAACCCCCCCAACCCCAACCUAAUCAACCUCAACCUAAUCCACCUCAGCCUAAUCAGCCCAUCCAUCAACAACAACUAAUGGCUUCUCUCUCAUCAAUGUCUGAUGAUCAGUUGAGAAAUUUAAACUUGACUCCUGAGCAAAUUUUUCAGCUUCGCAGAAAGAUCCAACAACCACAAAUGUCUACCACUGCGCCGUCUUUGGAUGCCACCAGCUCUGUUACUAACCCUUCUAACCCUCCUUCUAUCCAAAGCAACCCUUCAUCUCAAGGUAUCCCUCCUCCUAUUCAAAACAACCCUUCAUCUCAAGGUAUUCCUCCUCCAAUGGCUAACAAUUUGCCAAUCAUGAUGCCUCCAAAAGAGAGACUAUCACAGGCCUCUCAACUUGUUCAGUCCAUUAAGCAGAGUAUCAUGCAACAAAGACCUCCUGUUAACUCUCAACCCAAUUUGAAUCCUGCUGAACAACACCAAAUCGCACAAACUUGCGCUGAAAUUAAGCCUAUGCUUAUCUCUUUAGAAACUAUCCUGCCAAUUUUCUUGUGUUUGAACGAUCCAAUAGAACCAGGUAAAAUUGAAGCUGUUAAGAAGAUUUCUUUGAUGACUGUUAUGUAUUACCAGCAAACUCUUAUGCUUCCCCAGCGUCAAUUUUGUUUCAAUCUCGAGGACAUGACCAGGCUGCGGAUUCAAUUGGCUCGAUGCUUCAUGUAUGUUAAGAAUCAGGUCAAGGACGUACAAGGAAUACAAAGCAUAGCACAAAAUGCAGCACCGAGACCUGCUUCCCAGCCUCAAGCAGCACCUUCUCAACCACCGGACCAGUCUGCCAUUUUCAACAAUGCCAUGAAGCAAGCGCAACAGCAACCCUCGCACUCUGCAUCUCCAGCACAACCUUCACAAGUUGAUCAGGUGGCUAUGUUCAAUAAUGCGCUCAAGCAAGCCCAACAGCAGCAGCAACAACAGCAACAGCAGCAACAGCAGCAACAACAACAGUUACAACAACAACAGCAACACCACCACCAGCAGUCACAAGUACCCUCUCCAGCUUUGAUGAGUGGCGUACAGAGAAGCACUGACAAUCUCAAAGCACCACCGCCAUCCAAGCGCACAAAGACUUCUCCGCAGAUACAAAAUACACCUAUAGAUCUUUCACCAUCACCCAUUCCUCCACCCGCACAUUCAGGCCAGACGCCACCGAAAUCUCCGUAUUCUCAAAAAGCAGCUGCAGCGAGUGCCAGAGCGAGUGGUGGUCGUGGACGCGGUAGGCCACAAGCAAGACCACGGAAUGCACAAAGAGGUGCAAAUGGUACGACAAGCAACGACAACACCCCAAUCUCCAUCGAUAUUGAUUCACCAGCGCAAAACGUUGCGCCGUCUCUACCAAAGGCACCUACACCUGCACCAUCACAACCAACGCAGCCACCUAAACCUACGGCGCUUGAAGAUCCAGUCGCCUAUUUGGAGAAUGCACUCGCAGAUUUCAAGCACAACUUGCCAUCUUCAGCACCCCAACCUCAGCAUAUAAGUAACCCACAGAUGUUCAACAGCCUAGAUGAAGGUCAUCCACUCAAACCAUCACUGACGCUCGAAGAUGUCCACUCGAAACCUGAGCCUGAGUUUAUACUCUCGCCAGAUGACAACAUCCAUGGCCAUCUCCCACCUAACGAGGAGCUCGACUUUAGUCUAUUGAUUGAUGAAUCUUCAUUCAAUGAUCAGGAUCAGGAGCAGGAUGAGGAAAGUGGUGAGAAUGUAAGCUCGAAGAAGAUGAACGUCGAGACGCCUGAACUCAUCAAUGGAAUGAACCCUUCGCCUGAAUCGGUCAACGAUGAACUCAAGUCGCCCAAGGAUGCGUCGGCUAGCGGAAGGCAAAAGACGUCAAAUAGCCAAACUUCCAACGCUGCUCAAGAAUGGCUCGCUGGAUCUGCGACUGACCAGUAUGACGCAAUGAUUGAUAACAACUUUGGCGCUAAUUGGCUUCUUCAAGAUGAGCAAAUUAGUUAG